AAUUUCAAAAAUCACAAACAACUCUCAAAACAAACACAACCGAUUUCCAUUUCCACAGAAAAAUGUCUGGGUCUGGCUGCAGCAAAAUCCGCCACAUAGUAAGACUUCGCCAAAUGCUCCGCCGCUGGCGCAAGAAGGCGGCGAUGGCAGCUGACGUGCCAGCCGGCCACGUGGCAGUCACGGUGGGCUCCAGUCGCAAGCGGUUCGUUGUCCGGACCGCCUACCUGAACCACCCGGUUUUCAAGAAGCUAUUGGCUCAGGCCGAGGAAGAGUACGGGUUUACCAACUCCGGUCCGCUCGCCAUUCCAUGCGAAGAAUCGCUCUUUGAGGAGAUUCUCCGCUACUUGGCCCGGACCGAGUCGGCCAAGCACAGCUCCGCCCGGUUCAUGAGCUUCGAGGAUUUCCAGCGCUACUGCCACGUCGGACUGCAAAGCAACCUUAAAAUCUUGGCCGAAUCCCGGCCGCUUUUGGAUGGCUUUUGCGACAAGGCCAUUUGGUGAUCAAUUUCGGAGAAAAAAAAAGAAAUUUCGGAUAUAAUUAUUCAUCGCUUCGAGAAAAUUCUUAGGUCACAACUGUGUUGUCAGUUGGACCGGUCUAGUAGAUGCUGCAUUCGAUGAAAUAUGCUGAUUGCAGUAUCUAAGUGUAUUGUACAAACAUGUACGUCGUUAGAUACUGCAUUCGGUGGAAAAUCAUCGAAUGUAGCCUAGAUUAUACGGGGGAUUCUUAUAAAUUGUUUGUUUUGUAAUUUUUAUUUUUGAUUACUUGGGAAAUAUGUCGGAGAAUGUGCAAUGGAGAUGGCAGAGAUGGUGGCGAGUUGCCACCGAGUCGUCCCGGGCCGGAUCGGAGCGAUGUAACACGUUAAUGCGGGUUGGAGGUGAAGGUUGCACCUGAGAAAUUGAGG